AUGUCCGCUUCACCACAGCCGACACACUCGGCCAAGCGGCCCCUCGAGGACACUUCCUCCCCGUCCGUUGCCGGCCAACCCGAGGCCAAGCGACCGGCUCUCGACAAGGUUGUCAAGGAUGAGGAAGAGAUCAAGGAGCCUAUCUCUGCUGGUAACGCCGAGGCUGCCCCGGCCGCUUCUUCCCCUCCUUCGGAGGCAAACGGCAUAACAAAGACGAACGGGGAGAAGUCUGAGGUCAAGGACGCUCAGGGCGAUACUGUCGUCCCAGAUGCUCCCGAGACAAAGCCCAUCACCAGCACCGCCAGUGGCGACGCCGCCCAAGGCCAGUCAAACCCGCCUCCAGGCGCCCACGAUGAAACGGCGUGGAUCCACGUUCGCGCUGUGAUCUCGAGUCCCGAGGCUGCAACCAUUAUCGGAAAGGGCGGCGAGAAUGUGUCCAAGAUUAGGCAGAUGUCUGGUGCCAAGUGCACUGUCAGCGAUUACCAGAAGGGCGCCGUGGAACGCAUCCUCACUGUGAGCGGCAUCGUCGAUGCCGUUGCCAAGGCUUUUGGCCUGAUCAUUCGGACGCUCAACAAUGAGCCCCUGAAUGAGCCCUCGAACCAGCAUUCCAAGACAUACCCCCUUCGCCUGCUCGUUCCUCACAUCUUGAUCGGCUCCAUCAUCGGCAAGGGCGGCGCCCGCAUCAAGGAGAUCCAGGAGGCGUCUGGCGCUCGCCUGAAUGCCUCCGACUCGUGCCUCCCCUUAUCUACCGAGCGCUCGUUGGUCGUCAUGGGCGUCGCUGAUGCUGUUCACAUUGCCACUUACUAUGUUGGCAGCACACUGCUCGAACAGCUCAACGAGCGGUUUGGCGGAGCUGCAGCCUCUGCCUAUGCGACGCGCAGCGGCGGCCCGGCUGGUGCGGUUCCGGGUGGAAUGCAGGUGAUCCCCUACAAUCCUCAGCCUGCCGGCGGUAACUAUGGCAACCGUGAUAACUAUCAUCGCGGCCGUGCUGACCCCAGGGCCCACCACAUGCCGCCCCACUCGUAUGCGCCGCAAUACGGCCACCCCGUUGCGGCUCACCCACAUGCUGCUGCUCCAAUGCCCUAUGGAGGCCAUGCGGCCGCUGGCUACGGAGCUGGCCCACACGUGCCACCUCACCCGGCUGGCGCUGCUGGACCUCAUGCUCCUGCCGGGCCCCAUGGACCGCCGCUGGCUGGUGGCGCAGGCAUGCCUGGAGCGCCUCUUACCCAACAGAUCUACAUUCCCAACGACAUGGUUGGCGCCAUCAUUGGAAAGGGCGGCCAGAAGAUCAACGAGAUCCGUCAGAUCAGUGGCAGCGUGAUUAAGAUUAAUGAACCACAGGACAACAGCAACGAACGUCUCGUCACGAUUACUGGCACGGAGGAGUGCAACCGGAUGGCGCUCUAUCUGCUCUACACUCGGCUCGGUAAGCUCCGGGAGCAGCAUACCAACCCGGCUCAAGCCCAGCACCGCUAAUAAGCUCUUCUCACACAAUAGAAAACGAGAAACACCGGAUUUAGUCGGUCCCCUCGCGGGCUC